AAUUUCUCUGGAAACUUUCCCAAUUCAAUCACCAAUGCUUCUGGGCUUGAGAUACUUGAUCUUUCCCAGAAUAAAGUUGCAGGGCAAGUUCCAGCUAAUUUAGGAGAUCUGACAAAUCUUCAAUUAUUAAAUCUUGCUGUUAAUUUCUUUGGGAAUAAUUCUACCGGAGACUUGGACUUUAUUGCAUCAGUGACCAACUGCAGCAAUCUAAGAAUUCUUUCCUUGAGUUACAAUAAUUUUGGAGGCAAUAUACCUAGAGUCAUGGCCAAUCUCUCAAAUCAACUCACUGCAUUUUACUUGGGAGGAAAUCAACUUUCAGGAACUAUUCCAGAAGGGUUUGGACAUCUUGUCAAUUUAUAUAUCCUUGCCCUUGAAGAAAACUCACUUUCUGGGCUCAUUCCAAGAGAUUUUGGCAAAUUACAAAAUUUGCAACUUCUGGCUCUGCACUAUAAUGAGUUGUCAGGACAAAUAGUCUCUACCCUAUGUAACGCCACAGCUCUAUACUACCUGGAAUUAUCAUUUAACCAGUUUGAAGGGGAUAAUAUAUUUGACAAUGUUCUUAUGAACUGUCAAAAUUUGCAAUAUCUGAAUAUAUCUCAAAACAACUUUACUGGAAUUAUAUCACCACAUUUUCUGCAGACGCACUCAUCACUGAUGUACAUCAAAAUAGGUGAAAAUUCGUUUAGUGGUUCUCUGCCUCCUGAAGUUGGAAAGCUUAUACAUUUGGUGGAUUUCAAUGUUUCCCACAACCAACUUGUUGGAGACAUACCCAUAUCACUUGCUGAUUGUUCAGAUCUGGCGAAUCUUUUUAUGCAAGCCAAUUUUUUCCAAGGAACAAUUCCACCAAAUUUGGCUUCUUUGAAGAGCAUCCAGCAAUUAGACCUUUCAAGUAAUAACUUGACUGGUCCAAUACCCAGAGAACUUGAGAAGCUUCAGUUUUUGAGCUACUUAAAUCUUUCCUACAAUGACAUUGAGGGUGAGAUACCAAACACAGGGGUUUUCAGGAAUGCAAGUCAAAUAUCAUUGACUGGCAACAACAAACUCUGUGGAGGCAUUCCAGAAUUGGAGUUCCCACCUUGCCCAGUGAUUAAGGGGAAAAACAGAGGAAAGCUGAAGGUUAUCAUAUUGCUGUCCAUUGUUUUACCAGCAACGCUUCUGGUUCUCGGUGCAUUGUUGUUAUAUUUCUUGGUAUAUCAUAAAGGAGAAAGAAGAAUGGUGGCAGGAUUCUCUAGCAUGCCCCCAAGAAUCGAUGAGCUCUUACGGCUUUCUUACCAUGAACUUGUUCAUGCAACUUCUGGAUUUUCUCCAGAAAACUUAAUUGGUUCAGGAAAUUUUGGAGCUGUCUACAAAGGAAGGCUAGAAAAACAUGGCAACAAGCUUGUAGCAGUCAAAGUUCUUGAUCUUCAAAAGAAUGGGGCUUCCAAAAGUUUUAAGGCCGAGUGCAAAGCAUUGAGAAAUAUUCGCCAUAGAAACCUCGUUUCUAUCGUGAGUUAUUGCUCCAGUAUUGAUUCCAAGGGUGAUGAAUGCAAAGCUCUAAUCUAUGAGUUCAUGGAAAAUGGAAAUCUGGACCUGUGGCUGCAUCCUUCAGAGACAACUGAUCAGGCAACAAGCUCAAGAAGUCUUAAUCUUCUUCAGAAGCUAAAUAUUGCAAUUGAUGUGGCUUCAGCAUUGCAAUAUCUUCACGACCACUGCGAAGCUGAGAUUGUUCACUGUGAUCUAAAACCAAGUAACAUUCUUCUUGACAAUGAUCUUGUUGCUCAUGUGGGUGAUUUUGGAUUGGCAAGGCUUCUCCCAAAACCCAUCAACACUUCUUCCGAGCAAAGAACCAGCAGUACUAUUGCCAUAAAAGGAUCAAUCGGUUAUGCAGCUCCAGAGUAUGGAAUGGGUCAUGCAGCAUCAACUCAAGGGGAUGUCUACAGCUACGGCAUUCUUUUGCUAGAAAUGAUUACAGGAAGGAGGCCAACAGAUGAUAUAUUUGUGGGUGACCUUGAUCUGCAUAACUACGUUAAUGGGGCUUUGCAUGAACGAGUUCCUGAGAUCGUGGACCCGUUGCUUCUUUCUGAAGGAAGAGAUGAAAACAGUCGAAUUACUCAUGGAGAGAAAACUAUUAAUGGUGGAAGAGAGAUUGAUUGCAUUAUUUCCCUGCUGAAAAUUGGACUCAAGUGCUCUGCAAGAUUACCAAAUGAUAGGAUGCAUAUGAAUGAAGUUGUCAGAAAAUUACAUCUCAUUAAAGAUGUUUUCCUUGGUGUCAGGGUACAUCAAGAAAAUGUUGAAGCUUAAUAUCUAAGCUGCUUACAGGUCUGAAUCUCCAAGCUGAAGUUGUUAAUGGGGUGAGCUAAUGAAGAAGACACCUUUGGCUUUUUAUUUGAAAA